AUGAUAAUACUUUCUUAAAUUGGAGUUUGCUGUGCCUAUUUAAUAUUUUUAUAUCAAUCAACAGAUGUUGUUUUGAAUUAAAUUAAUAUUCCCUUAUCAAAGUUAACAAUAUUCUCUUUAACAUUGAUUUUGAUUAUUCCAUUGUCUUUGAUAAGAAGGAUGAAAUACUUUCAUUAAGUAAGUAAAAUAGGUUUUUAUGUUAAUUUACUUACAUUUAUUAUAAUAUUCUUUGAUUGUUUAACUAUAGUAUUUCGUGAUGGUAUUUCAUAUAGACCAUGUAUAAAUUUAUAAAGUAUUAUUUUAAUAUAUUUAGAUACAUUUUAAUUUAUUGGGAUAGCAUGUCUAACAUUAUAAUGUAAUUUGACUAUUUUGCCUAUUAGAAAUGAUAUGAUAAAUAAAUAACCAUUUUAAAGAUACUAAGAAUUGUCAUUGUUUAUAUGUUUUUUAAUUGCAAUAUUGAUUACAACCUUUGCUAUUUGGGGUUAUAAAGAUAAUCUCAAUUAAAUUAUUAUAUUUAAUAUUUAGAAUCUUUAUCUAAGAUCAAUCACUAUGAUUGCUUAUGGAAUUUGUAUAUUAAUGACAUAUGCACUUUAAUUAUUUCCUGCUGUAUAAAUUAUAGAAUAGCAUAUAUCAUAACUUUCUUAUAAGACAUUUGAUGAAUCUGAGGAUUAAAAUGAAAGUGUAUUUGUUUUAGAUAAAAAUUCAUUAAUUAUCAGAGGACUUUUAAUGUUAACAAUUUAUAUAAUAUCAUACAAAAUACCUGAUCUUUCAUAAUUUAUAAAUUUAAUUGGUAGUUUUUUUGGUUCAUUUUGUUAAGUAAUAUGAUUAUUAGAUAUUUAUAGUUCUUAAUACCAUUAUUAGCCCAUUGGAUUUGUUUUAAGAAUUAAUAAGCUAGUUUAAGAUUAAAAUUGGAAUAUUUUUUAAUGUCUAUAUUUACAGUUUUAGCAAUAGUUUUUGGAUCAUAUGAAUCAAUAAAAGGUUUGAUAUGA